CUAGAUGCUGCAAGUUUAAGCGGGACCUGCCUGUCUUCAUUAAACUCUGCGAUGGAAGUACGGGUGAUAAUCACUUUCAUUUCUAUAGCAAUUAACCCAUCUCUUACUGAGGACGUGAAGAAGUACCUGACAGGCACUGAAGGGGGAUCCAUUACUUUACCUGACCCUGUGAUGGUGCGGGGGUUUGUUACAUUUGGAAGAAUAAUCUUAGCUAUGGUGGAAAAUAAGAAUAUUGAAGUAUAUGAGGAACUUUACAAAGACAGACUUCUUUGGGAGAGCGACACUGGACUCUUUACAAUCACUGGCCUGCAGAGGAACGACUCAGGGAUUUAUAAUAUUGACUCUAAAAAAGGAAACGUUUUCACUGCAUCAUAUAAACUCACAGUGUAUGAGUCUGUACCAACUCCUGCUGUGAGCACACUGAGUGUGAGCGCUGAUGGCUGCACCUUGCUGUGUUUUGUGAAGAAAGCUGAGGAGGCGACACUGUCGUGGUACAAAGACGAGGAAAUACUGAACCAGACCGGCUCCGUUCUCUCUUUGCCUCUGACUGUGCACAGCCAGGAUUUCAGCUUCUCUUACAGAUGUGUUGCAACCAAUCCUGCUGAAAACAAGACUCGUCCAGUCGACAUUACAACACUCUGCAGUGACCAAAACAACACAGACAGCAGGAGCAACAUGAACACAAGACAAUAUGUGAUUGGAAUUGUAAUUCCCAUCGUGUUGGCUGUAAUUCUUCUAUUUGUCAUCACGUGGAAGUGUCUCGACAAAAACAAGAGGACAAUCAAACAAACACAAGGUGCACUGAGAACAUAUUUGAACAAGAAGCCCAGAGAAGCUGCUGCAGAAUCUACAAGUCAGGCAACAUGCAGCAGCACGGCUGGAUACAGCACACCACCUCACUACCUCAUGACUUCCAGUGAGACACAGCCUGAAUCAGAUUCAGUGAGCAUUUCUGAAGACAGACGCAGUCAGGUUGGUCUGCAAACACUCCCACAGGGGGGAAAUUUACCAGAUUCAUCAAGAAGUGCCAACAGCUCCUAUCUAACAACAGUCUGUUAUAAACCUUUAUGAACAGUUCCAGUCUGUUUUCCGCUCACAUCACAGCACAGAGACAGCUCUCCUAAAAAUCAUCAACGAUCUCCUGAUGGCAGCUGACUCCGGACUAUUAACCAUCCCCAUCCUCAUCCUCCUUGACCUGGGUGCAGCCUUCGACACCAUCUCCCACACCAUCCUCCUCGACAGGCUAGCAUCAAUUGGUAUAUCUGACACACCCCUGAACUGGUUCAAAUCCUAUCUCUCUGGCUGCAAUCAGUUCAUUCAGUUGAAAACCUUUACAUCCCAACCAUCUCCCCUCUCCUCAGGUGUUCCCCAAGGCUCUGUUCUCAGUCCCAUUCUGUUUAUCAUCUAUUUCCUCCCUCUUGGUCAUAUAUUCCAUAAAUCCAUUUCCACUGUCACGCGAACAACGCUCAGCUCUACCUUUCCACCAAGCCCACCUCCACCUUCCUGCCCUCCUCCCUCUGUGACUGUUUACAGGAAAUCAAAUCCUGGUUUUCUUCAAAUCUCCUAAAACUCAACAGUGACAAAACCGAGGUUCUCCUCCUAUGAGGCCAGGUGCUCUGAGCUGUCAGAAAGUUCUGAACUGAAAAAAAAAAGGCACAUUUGAUGCCUGGAUCCACCUGGUGUCAGCAGAGAGUCCAUUGUUUGGUGGUGUGCUGUCUGUUGGUGGGGCAUAUCCUGUGCACAUGGCUGAAAUGAGUGAGACUGUACAGAGGAUUUGAUGACUAGAGGGCGCAUUACCCCUUGAGUUGACUACUAUCUGGGACCCCUCCAGCAUCACUUUUGGACAUGUCAGUCUCUGUGUCAAUUUCCGUUCAUUACGUUUUACAGUGCCUUCAAAAUAAACUUCUGUUGUCAUAGGAAACAUAGUUAGGUUUACAGAAAUGAUCUGACAACUAUGUCACCUGACGACUAUGUCACCGGACAUACACCAGUAAGUUGGUGGUUAAAAAACACUCAAGCUGACUUUGUGCUUCACAGGGGAUACAAACAGCAGUCUCCUGAGGAAAGUUCGGUGUGUUUGACCCCACCACAACUCCCUCAUUCUACUGUAUUCUCUUUGUGGUAUGAGGACUAGAUUGCAGCACAACGGAGACCAUGAGUAGUCUGUAAUGACAUUUACUGUUACAACUCUGGUAUAAUAAUAUGAUAACUCUCAUAUAAGGUGACCCUUAUAUGAGAUCAAGUCCAACAGUUUCCUUACUGACUUAUAUCACUGACAAUACCAAUUAGAUGUAUUUACAUGAUAAAUAAAUGUAUUUUCAACAUUAAAACACAUUAGGCUACAACGUGCCAUCUGAUGCACCUAUUGUGGUGUAUUUAAAUAUUUCUGCACACUGGAGUCUCUAAACAAACAGUCUUGGAAUUACAUAAACUGGGUAUGACUGGGAAUCUGACAGUUGACAGCCAUAAACUUCAGGCUAUUUCAGUUCUGCACACAAUUUGAUUAAAGCUACCUACAAGAUUUAUAAAUGAAAAUGAAGAAAAACAUUAGUAAUUAGUAAUAUAAUAUUUUUUUCCAAUCAAUUCUUGAUGCUCUGCUGAAGGCAGCAGAGCAUCAGCAAAGUGGCCAGCUUAGCAGUAAAUGCUCAGUGUAAGUCACAGUUUUUCUGUUAAUAAAGGCUGCUGCUUCACUGCUUUCCAGCUGCUGGUAAAGUGAAGAGGGUUAACCCCAAAGUUACUUUGGCCCAGGAGAUAAACAAAUCUCCCCUGCUGCUCCCACCACCAGCUGGAGCAGGACUGGUUUGUAUAAUGGGUUGAAAUUUGUGUCAGAAAGUUUGACUUUGGCUCCCUCUAGUGGUUGCAUUAGAAACGACAAUGUGGUAGACAUGCCCACAUUAAAAAUUUUAAGAUAUUAGAUGAAAUCAUUGCAUGUGAAAAUCAAAUGUUGUUUAUUAUUAACACGCUUACUAUAU